CGCCAGUCGACUAUCGAAGGACAGGUAAGCUUCUUUCUUUCGUGUUCUCAUCGUACCUCCCAACGUAGGAAAAGGCAACGCUUUCCACCUUAAUUCAAUCAAAAACAAGCAGAAAGCAAUUCGCGCAUACUGCCGUGGUCGCCUGACUGUACUCCGUCCUCAAUCGCGUUCCAUGACGCCGCAGCCAGAACGAGAAACAUUGCCAUGUCUGACGGUUCACAAUAUCAUUCCUGGAAACCUGAGCCCUUGGUUCGUGGCACGUUCUCUAUACUCUCGUCUUCCCUUUUGACGAUGAUCUUGUGUGUUUGGACAUCCGUUCACUUGAAUAUCCCUGAGUAUGGAAAAGCCAAAGCACAGACCUGGCGAAAAAUAGGCUGGAUGUUUAUAGCGCUUUUUGCUCCGGAAUGGGUUGUUUUCACUGCCUACUGUGAGCAUAUGGAUGCAAAGGAUGUAGGGAAAACAAUGCGGAAAGCUUUCGACCAGCCAGACCCCCCGGGUUUCAUCGAAUGGCUGAAGAUGAUACUGAACGAGUUCCUCCGAUCCGUCUUCGAUGGUUUGAAAUGGAUGGGAACCAAGAUAGGGCUCGUCAAACAAGCAGAGCAUGUUCCCCAAGCUAUAGAUGUGGAGCUUGAUCCCAAGUUUCGGAGGCACUCAUGGACAAAAGCGCACUCUCUAUACGCCACGAUGGGGGGAUUCGUCGUCGAUACCCGUGGCAUAGACCAAAACUAUCUCAAGGAUGGGCAACAGAGGAUGACACUGACACUUCAGGGUCUCAAGUAUGUCGCUAACUGGGCGCCUGACAUCCUUCCGGACCUACACGAAUCCGCGAUCAUAGACAAGAGCAAGGCUAACGCCUUCACGAAGCUCGUGACGUGUGGACAAGCGUCAUGGUUUGGCGUACAAUGCUUGACUCGCUCAGUCCAAGGCCUUUCCAUCUCGCUCCUGGAGAUUAACACCGCUGUGCACGCUAUCUGUACCUUGGGCAUGUGUGUGCUUUUUUGGUGGCACAAGCCUCUUGAUGUUGAGGAGCCGACCAUUCUCACACAUGCAGACACACAUCCGGUGAUUGCAUUCCUAAUAACUGGCCAGACGUAUCGGAAUAUUCGUGUGUCACUAAUGGACAUGGAGGGCGACAACGCUCUUGACCUAGUCCCCGACUCUGGAACAGCGAUCCACCAUCCCAACUUGAACCAUAUCCUGCUCAAGCCAUCGAAGGACCCGAGUUUCCCGCCGCCUCUCUAUGUCGUAUAUGAUGGUUUUGCUAUCCCUGCGUCCAGAUCUAUUUCGAAUAAAAUUGUCGAUGAUCUUACCGAAUCAGACUUCGAACGCUUAAAGCUUGCUUCACAAGCCAUUAGAAAAUAUGGGUCAUAUACUGAAACGCUGCGUCACAUGAGUAAAUCCGUAGGAAAAGACCACUACUUGAUUGUACGUUCGCGCAAUCGGCCUAUUUCAAUGGAUACGGAUUCGGACGCGGAGACUUCCUGGGUUUUCGGAUUUCCUCUUGCUGGUCUCUUCUACGGCGGUGUACACCUUCUAGUUUGGAACCGGCCUUUUCGCAACGAGACGGAGAAGCUGGUGUGGAAAAUAAGCAACCUGACCAUUCUGUUAUCAGGUACCCCAUCGGUGGCUUGGUUAUGCUAUGAGAGUUUGCCCAAGACAUUUCUUCGACGUCUCCCUAAUCGGGUCAAUUCUGCCUUAGAGAUAUUGGGUCUGUCAUUCUUUUUCGCCUUUACGCUGUUCUAUGUUUUAUGUAGGUUGUUUGUCAUUGUCGAAUGUUUCCUAGACGUCUUUCACCUCCCAGACUCGGCUUUCGAAGUUCCAAGGUGGUCGCAGUAUUUCCCGCAUGUAUGAAGAUAGAAUGCAAUUCAUACACGA